UAUAGGAUCCUGUAUAUGGAUGAGGAUCAGGACCGGAUGUAUGUUGGAUGCAAAGACCACAUCCUGUCUAUGGACAUCAACAACAUCACCCAUGGCACACUCAAGGUCUUUUGGCCUGCAUCUAACAGCAAAAUCGAGGAAUGCCAGAUGGCUGGCAAGGACCCCACACACGGCUGUGGAAACUUCAUUCGGGUCAUCCAACCUUUCAACAGAACUCAUCUGUUUAUCUGUGGGAGUGGAGCUUACAGUCCAGUGUGUGCAUAUGUGAACAGAGGGCGGCGACCAGAGGAGCAAGUCUUCCACAUCGCUUCAAAGGGAGAAUCUGGGAAGGGAAGGUGCUCGUUCAACCCUCGCGUCAACACUGUCUCUGUCAUGCUCAACCAGGAGCUGUUCUCUGGCAUGUACAUUGACUUCAUGGGGACAGAUGCAGCCAUUUUCAGAAGCCUGACCAUGAGGAAUGCUGUAAGAACUGACCAGCACAACUCCAAAUGGCUGAGUGAGCCAGUUUUCAUUGAUGCCCAGUUAAUACCGGAUGGCUCAGACCCAAACGAUGCCAAACUUUACUUCUUCUUCCGUGAAAGACUGACAGACAACAGUGGAAACACCAAAAAUAUUCACACAAUGGUGGCCCGAGUGUGUCCAAAUGACACUGGAGGUCAGAGAAGCCUGGUCAACAAAUGGACCACAUUUCUGAAGGCUCGUAUGGUGUGCUCAGUUCUGGAGGAUGAUGGUACCGAAACCCACUUUGAUGAACUUGAAAAUGUGUUUUUACUGGAAACUGACCACCCCAAGGGCCUUCUGGUGUUUGGUGUCUUCACAUCCACGAGCUCUGUAUUCAAGGGCUCAGCUGUGUGCGUGUACAAUAUGGCAGACAUCCUCACUGUCUUCAAUGGCCCGUUUGCCCAUAGGGAAGGGCCCAACUUCCAGUGGGUGGCCUUCCAGGGAAGAAUACCCUAUCCAAGGCCAGGAACUUGCCCUGGUGGAGCUUUUACCCCACAUAUCCAGAGUACCAAGGAGUUUCCUGAUGAGGUGGUGAUGUUUGUGAGGAAUCACCCUGUCAUGUUCAACCCUAUCUAUCCUGUGGGCAGAAGACCAUUGGUAGUCCGCACUCACACAGACUACAAAUACACUUCAAUUGCUGUGGACCAGGUGACUGCAGCAGAUGGACACUAUCAGGUCCUCUUCCUGGGGACAGACAAAGGCACGGUGCAGAAGGUGGUCGUCCUGCCCACUAACCGCUCCUUGGAUGAGGAUCUGAUCUUAGAGGAGCUGGAAGUGUUUAAGGGCAAAGCAGCUGUAACAAACCUAAGAAUUUCCUCCAAAAAGCAACAGCUGUACGUCAGCUCUGAGAACGGUGUUUCCCAAGUGUCCCUGCAUCGUUGCCAUGCCUACGGCUCAGCAUGUGCGGACUGCUGCCUAGCUCGUGACCCCUACUGUGCCUGGGAUGGUAUGAGCUGCUCUCGCUUCUACCCCACAGGCAAGAGAAGGAGCAGGAGGCAGGACAUCAUGCAUGGAAAUCCAUUGACGCAGUGUAGGGGAUUCAAUCUGAAAGCCUACAGGAAUGCUGUGGAGAUGGCCCAGUAUGGCGUCAGGAACAACACCACUUUCCUGGAGUGCUUGGCCAAGUCUCCUCAAGCAUCCAUCAGGUGGCUCAUCCAAAGAGACAAUGAUCGUAGGAAAGAGGUUAAACUGAGUGACCGUGUUGUGUCGACUGAUCAUGGCCUCCUUAUCCGCUCAGUGCAGCACUCAGACCAGGGACUGUACUACUGCCUGGCUACAGAGAAUGGUUUCAAGCGCACAGUGGCUAAGAUACGCCUGCGUGUUUUGAGUGAGGCCUUGGUCAGCACUCUGACCGAGAAGCAACACUCACCGUGGGGCUGGGCGGCUUCUCUACACCCAAAGGCGCUAGUAGAAGCUUUUAGCCCAGCUGAGACUCUUGCCAUGCAACAGUACUGCAAGGAGCGAAAGCAGCUCCAGAAUCUGAGCCCUGUGAGGGGAGACCUGGCCAAACUCAAGCCCCUGCUGGAUCGCCGAAAGAGCCGCAACCGCAGGAACAACCUCCCCGAGGAGUAG